AUGAACUUCAAGCCUAGAUUGAGUCAUGGUUUGAUAGUUGAUGCUACAGAUUAUACAUGCACUCAAUACCAGAACUCAGGUGAUACAGACUUUCCAACUUACCACUCAUUUAGGUUGAUAGGCCUGACUACAUUCGGUUUCGUGUUGCCGCUGCAUCUGAGUCGUCGCCGGCAAGGAGCAACGGUGAAUAGGUCCCCAUUUGUGGUCUUUCCUCUCUACGGUACCGAGGUCACGGCGUUGUGGAAUGAGCCAUUUCCUACUUUAGUUGACUCGACAAAAAGACAACCGCGCAGAUUGGAGAUUUAA